GUGUACAUCCCGGGCACGUUCGCGCGCGACGGCGAAAUCGCGCCAGAUUAUCAGAGCCUGCUUCGCGUCGUCCCUGCAUCCGCGUUCCUGGCCAAUUUCGCAUCCGACCGAUCCCACAUGUUGGCGCCGGGGCAUGACGAGUCCGACGGACAUAACAGCGUCCUAGCGCCGACGAACGUGGCCGACGCACGGGACGGGGAAACGACGAUAGUAGACGGCGGCGAGACCGGUCCAGCGGGAGACGCGCCGCACGUCGCGGCUAGACGGGCGUAUCUGAAACCGCCGCCGGCUUAUCCGCCGCUCGCGGGACGCGGCGCGAGGGAGCGGGGCGUCGCGCAUAACCUCAUGUCGCAUUUCGUGCGCAUGACCGAGGAGGAAGAUCGGGAUGGGGAUGGGGAUGGGGAUGGGGAUGGGGAUGGGGAGGAGGGGUAUGGGAGGGUGAUGAGCGUGGCGGAGUUCGCGGGGUGGUGCGCGGGGGAAGGCGACCCGCCGUAGACUAAAUAUCGUUGUUGGUUUUGCUACGAUGGUUCCACGCGAUUGGAGACGUAAACGCUGCAUUGCCCCGAUAUAGCAACGCGGUGUGGGCUCGGUGUCUGUAGUGGGCACGGCUUCUUCCCUGGUUCCGUCGAACGAUGGUGAAUAACGCGGAUGCAAUUCGCCAUUAUGCGGUGCCUUCAUGGAUAGGACAGAUUAGAGAAGACGGAUAAGUGUACAGCUGCGUCGAUCACGGUGGACGUGAUCACCACUUGGAUCGGUCUCCGAAAUAUCGUUCGCGGGCUUGGCGGGAUAGGACGUGGACGGCAAAAUCGCCCGCGUCGAGCAUCGCCCAGCCGUCGGUCCGUUGCAUACUUUUCCGAGACUUGAACGAGGUGGGCGGGAGCGCCACCGGCGGGUCGAGCCUCUUCAGCGUAGCCCUGACGAGCAUCAUCACGUUCUCGAUCGCCCCGCGCUUCUCCGUGCCCUCCUUCACCUGCGCGAGGACGAGCCAGCUCCAGAUCCCGGCGUCCUCGAACAGCGCGCCACCGUCGCUCAUCGCCGUCCCGUUCAGCACCACACCCUCGCCGCUGAUCGUGCCCCCCCGCCGCCGCUUCGCGCCCCGCGGCGGCGUCGGCGGGAGCGGGUGCGCCGGUGUCGGGGGCGGCUUCGUCACGAGCAGCGUGCCGGGCUCGAGCAACGGCGAGCUGGAGAGGACGACGUGCAGAGGUUGAAUCGGGGACGUUGGAGGCAGGGAGUCAGGUAAGGGAGGCAGGGGAAGCGAGCGGGGCGAGGUGAGCGAGUUGGGGAGGUGCGGUGCGCCCGGGCGGUGGGAGUGCGAGUGGUCGUCGACGAACCAUGGGUGCGGAGGAGGCGCUGUCGAGAGAUGUGCGGUCGUAUGGCGUGACGGAGUCGCCGCCGUCCGUCGAGCAGAGGCCCGCGCUGUCGAUAUACCUGCCCUGAACAUAUUUCGAGCGAGCAAGUACUUAGUACUUGGCGCGUAAUGGGCUUAGUUCAGAAUAAGCGCCCGGGAAGAGGGUCGAAAAAUCAUGUGCGGGCACAGGGCGCUUGUUUUCUGCACCGUGCACGGCUCUCUGACGCUUUCGCUCGGCGCGCUGCCACCAGACGGCUUUGCUGCUGGCACAUCCUCCUUCCCCAGGUCGUCUUUGAGCUGCGAGGAACGCCCUGGAAAGACGGCAGAGGAUCCUGACCCUCCUGUCGCCAUGGCCGGUCUACGCGCGAGCAUCAUCAUCUGCCUGACCUCCUUCCUCCUCGGUGUCCUGUUCACGAACUGGAUCGCGGACUCGCUCACGCUCUGGAAGAACCCCGUCACGGACGAGGCGCUUUGGACCUCCGCGCGCUACUACUCCAUCCUCGCCAGCCUGCCCGCCAACAUGGCCUGGGCGCUCGCCGCCGUCGUCGGCCUCGGUGGUCUCGCGCUUGCGUCCAGCAUGGCCCGCGGCCAAGCGGGCAACCUCAUGUUCGACGGCGGUAGCAUCUUUUUGUUCGUGUCGGCGCUGGCGGUGCAGCUCCGGACGGUGGUGCCGACGAUCAGGGAGCGCUUCACGCGGCCGAACGUGCUCGACCUCGUUCCGGAGCGGACGGGCAACGUCAAGCACCCCUUCCCCGUCACGCUGCGCUCGCCCCUGCUCGACGUCGCGUCCGCGAACGUGAUCUGCAGCGUCGCCCUCACCGGCGUCCUCGUCUUCCAGGCCGCCCGCUGGUGGGCCGAGGAGAAGGACACCGACGGCGACGGAGACGACGACAACGAUGACGACGAGCACGUCGAAAACGCCGCCUCCUCCGCGCCCGCGACCGCCCCGCAAUCCGACGCCUCGCCUCGCCUCGAAAAACUACCUUCAAAGGUCGCGGCUAGGCCUGGGGCGGGCGGAAAGAAGAAAAGGUUGCCCGUCCAGCCAAAAGCCGCGUUAUAGCCAGAAAGAAAAAAAAGAAGAAAAAUUCAAACCCUAAACUCGUUUCCUCUCUCUCUGCUGCUCGCGGAUUUUUUGGACGCAUAUGUACUGUAAUCACUCACAUCGCACGCACUGUCUGUCUCCUUUGAAGGAG